CAGUAUUUUAUCUGGACGCGUGGAGUCAGCACUUGCAGAGGUGGCUUGGAAGCUGUGCGGUUAGAUUGAUGUUUGCAAUCAUUUCGGUUAUUUACCGCGGCGAGGACGUUCAGUAGUGCAAACGGAACAUUGACUUUAUCAAAUAUGAUUUAUAUCGUCCGUUUUCUUCCUAGAAAGAUUUGUUUGACCAAUGUUUCCUCUGGUGAUGAACACAGCUUUCUGCCCUAAAGGGAUAAUAUGCAAGAACAUCACAAUCGAAAUACAUGUCUAUAGCCUUGGUGUAUUUUGGGACUCCUUUUCAUUGGCUACGAGCCUGACUUUUUUGUCAGCACCAUUUGAGGCUUAUUGUUACUGGACUCGUCAUUACCUGCCUACAUCACCAGUUGUCUUUUUCUGAAUUUGCUUAAAAACUGGAUCCAGAGUGCCCAAAAACUCAAGUGCCUUCACCUUUUGAAAUUUUAUUUCAAUAUUUUUCUGAAGUUCGGCAGUAUUAAGUUCCUUUGCCCACAAAGGAAGAAAAUGAUUCCUAACGGGUAUUUAGUUUUUGAAGAUGAGAAUUUCAUUGAGUCAUCUGUGGCCAAACUCAAUGCUCUGCGAAAAAGUGGGCAGUUCUGUGAUGUCAAACUCCAGGUCUGUGGACAUGAGAUGCUAGCUCAUAGAGCUGUUCUUGCUUGCUGCAGUCCUUACCUAUUUGAAAUUUUCAACAAUGAUAGUGAUCCCCAUGGGUUUUCUCAUGUGAAAUUUGAUGACUUGAACCCAGCUGCAGUUGAAAUCUUGAUGAACUAUGCCUACACUGCACAGCUUAAAGCAGAUAAAGAACUGGUAAAAGAUGUGUAUUCAGCUGCCAAAAAACUGAAGAUGGAUCGAGUGCGACAGGUUUGCGGUGAUUAUAUACUAUCCAGGAUGGAUGUCCAAAAUUGUAUUUCUUAUCGAAAUUUUGCCAGCCAGAUGGGAGACACUCGGUUGUUGGGUCAGAUUGACAGUUGCAUUCAGGAAAACCUGCUAGAGAUUUCAGAACAAGAUGAAUUUCUAAAACUUCCACGGCUAAAGUUAGAGGUGAUAUUGGAGGAAAAUAUCUCCUUGCCAAGCAAUGGUAAAGUUUACACAAAGGUAAUCAACUGGGUGCAACGUAGUGUCUGGGAGAAUGGAAAAAACCUGGAAGAACUGAUGGAAGAGGUUCAAACCUUGUACUACUCUGCUGAUCACAAACUGCUUGAUGGGAACGUACUAGAUGGACAGGCUGAAGUGUUUGGCAUUGAUGAUGACCACAUUCAGUUUGUACAGAAGAAAUCUCCGCGGGAGAACAGCCACCGGCAGAUACAUAGCAGCUCUUCUGGAAAUCUGUGUACUCAAGUGCAAACAAACAAAGAUGAGUGGAAAAUCAUUGCUUCAGAGAAAACGUCAUGCACUACAUAUCUGUGUUUGGCUGUUUUAAAUGGUGUGCUGUGUGUCAUCUUUCUUCAUGGUCGCAAUAGCCCCCACAGUUCACCCGUCGGCACUCCAUGUCUGAUCAAGAGUAUAAGUUUUGAGGUUCAGGCUGAAGAUGAAGAUGACAAACUCUUGCCCCCAAUGCAGUAUGCACGCUCUGGUCUAGGAACAGCAGAGCUGAAUGGCAAACUCAUUGUUGCUGGUGGCUACAAUCGAGAAGAAUGCUUAAGAACUGUAGAAUGUUAUGAUCCUGAUACUGAUGGAUGGAUUUUCAUUGCUCCAAUGAGAACACCACGUGCACGGUUUCAGAUGGCUGUGUUGAUGGGUCAGCUAUAUGUAACUGGUGGGUCCAAUGGCCACUCGGAUGAACUUUGCUGUGGUGAGACUUAUAAUCCAAGUACCGAUGAUUGGACUUCUGUGCCAGAGCUCCGAACCAAUCGUUGUAAUGCAGGUGUCUGUUCCCUGAAUGGAAAGCUGUAUAUUGUUGGUGGAUCAGAUCCAUAUGGACAAAAAGGGUUGAAAAACUGUGAUGCCUUUGACCCAGUUUCAAAAACCUGGACAAAUUGUGCUCCUCUAAUUACACGCAGACAUCAAGCUGCUGUAUGUGGACUGGAUGGUUACCUGUAUGUGGCUGGAGGUGCAGAGUCCUGGAACUGUCUGAACACUGUGGAGCGCUAUCAUCCUGAAAGCAACACCUGGACUCUGGUUUCAUCCAUGAAUAUGGCUCGCCGUGGAGCAGGGGUAGCUGUCUAUGAUGGAAAAAUUUUUGCUGUGGGAGGUUUUGAUGGAACCCGUGCACUUGGCUGCGUUGAGAUGUUUGAUCCAGCCAAAAAUGAGUGGAAGAUGGUGGGAAGCAUGACAUCAGCAAGGAGUAAUGCAGGGGUUGCUGCAGUGAAUGGGCUACUUUAUGCUGUGGGAGGCUUCGAUGGCAAUGAGUUUCUGAACAAUGUGGAAGUGUACAACCCAGAAACCAAUGAAUGGAGCCCAUACACCAAAACGAAUAUGUCCAGUUUAUAAACUUUAGCUUUUUCUUUGCAGCUUAACAAGUUUAGUGCUGUAAUUUGUGUUGUAUCUGUUUGGGGGGAGCGGGUGGGUGGGGAGAGAAUGAUAGCUUUGGAUGUUUAUGGUUGGGCUGUAGCUAUCGAGAACAAUUUAACGCAUGAAGUCUGGGUUUUAAUGGUAACAAGAAACCUUUGGGUUUGCUUAUGAUAAUUACCUUCAGCUGUAAAUACUAUUGUCCCAGAAUGUAGGUGUUUGUGUAUUCCUAGUGGGUUUUUUUGGUUACGUGCAAACCUGGUGUGCAGAAAGUUUUGAUUUCAAAAUUUGGAUAAUAGGAAAUAUGUAUUUUCAGAGCUUCCCCAGAGUUUUGUUUUGCAGCCUUUGCACAUUGUUUCAUCAUGAGUUAUCUGGUUUGAAGAAGUGCAACAUAGUUAUGAAAUAACAUGGUAAAUUUGAGAUGGAGGAAAGGGUCCUGGGAAGCAAGAGGCAGGAUUAUCUUUCUUCCCUUUCCUGUUCUUUAAAGAAGUGGCAAGUGUUUAAACAAGUCAUGGAUAUGCUGACCAGCCUGCCAAUUAAUGCAUUUUUGUUUUGGAUUAAAUGUUUUAUGAUCACCUUUUUAUAACAAUUUUUAUACUUGGAUGAAUAUACUAUAUAAGGAAAACAAAAUCAGAUAUUGUUUGGAAGCAUUAAACUAAAAGCUUAUAACUAGACUUGAGGCACCAGAGUGGGACAUGCAUAGAAUUUUUCUUGAAAGAGCUUUUAAUGUUUGCCUCUGCUAUAACUUAUUGUACUACUCUGUAAAUGCUUGUUGAACUUGAGGGUUUUUUGAAUGUAAAAUUGUAUUAGGAUGAAAGUGAAGGACUGAAGAGCACCCGAGUGAGAAUCAAUUUUGUUACAAGCUAUGUAGCUAACAUUCCUAAAACAAUAGAUGACCUAGAAAAAUAAAUAUUUGAACUCUUGA